UGUCCUGGUGAGGUCAUUUAAUUUUGGAGUAUUAUAACAAUGUCACCCUCAGCACUCCUUUGCACUGACUGAUGCUUCCAUCUUUGCCUACUCCGACCAAGCAUUCUCCUGAUGAAUAGUACCACUAUCGUCCUGGUAUUACAUUUCAUGGACCCUUUUGAAUUCCUCUGCCUUGUACAGAUAUAGCCUGCAACAGGCAAGCGCCACCUCUAGCAGGGGAAGCUCUUCCUGCCUGAUAAUCUCCGGCUCCAAGUCUGAAGUUUCCGAGAAACCACAGCUCCUCUGAGGCAGAAGCCGAUCUUGCCUCUGAAGGUCCACGAAGAAACAACCCACGUCUUUAAUCCCCAAACUUUGUUGUUUUUAUUUGUUCCCUUUAAAAAAAACAAAGCGCGUUCUUCCUGAUCAGAGAGCCGUGGCGUUGUAUGCAACCUCAGUCUGGUUGGAGGUUGUGUCUCAACAGCUUUCAGACGGGAGGCUUCAAGCAACGAAAGGCGAUUUUGCGGGAGUCUGCGCCCCACAGUCGAAACUCCAGCCACGGCGUGACCUUGGUAGCAGUGGCACUGGUGACAGGUUAUUUAAGGACCACCCAGCAACCAAAUACUUCAGCUUUUUCUUGGCGUCAGAGAGAUUCUCGGGAUUUGAAGAGUCCAGUGGGGGGAAAAGAGAGAUUAAAGCUCCAUUUGUAACCCUUUCGAUUCCCGCAGUUUUCUAAAGGAGCAUGCUCACACACUGGCUCGCUGAGUAACCCCAGCAAAAGAGGGGGUGCCUCCAAUACUGUACUCCAACUACUCUUCACUGCGUUCCGCUUCUAACGUGGGCGCUUCGGCUCAACAACACAGAACGCUGAGCGUCCAACAUCAUUAGCGAAAAGAAGCGGCACCAGAGCAGAGGCUGCACUUGAGGGGCUCCGGAGAGAGAGAGGGAAGUGUUGAAGCAUGGUCAGACUGGCAGAGCGGAACCCGCCGCUGGGCUGAGCGUGGACGCUGUACACUGAUGCUGGCAACCCGAGUGGAGAACCAAGUCAGCCUACACCAACUACUGGGACUGCGCGGCUCCAUCUAAAGCACGAAUAGCCAUCAAAAAUCGCGAGGAACUAAAGCCAGAGGAUGAUGAUCCUGACAGAAUGUGAAGGAUUCUAGAUGCUCACGGACACGGCUUCCUGACUUGGAACGGCAGUGUGUGACGAAGGGACUCCAGAUUUAAUAAACCCACCGAACACUGCUAGGCUGUGUGCAUGCAUGUAUAUGUGCAAUUUCCAAUUGCCAAUCACCAGGGAAAGCAGUAUGUGAUGUGCUUUAGUUAUCACCGAGUGUCCUGCUUUAGAUGGCACAAUUUGCAGGGACCGACUCCACUUAACAAAUUGCUGCUCUCAGAACUGAAGCAAAAGAGAAAGUGCACACCAAGAUUAUCCUCCCCAGGCACAUAUAUAGUCUCUGCUCCUCAUUGUUUGGAUGAAGCAAAUACCAGCUUUACAAUAACUGGAGCUGCCUCUGGCUUUGAGGAUUUUUUAACAGCCUGCUGUUUUGCAAUUAGAAUUCCUUAAUGGUUAGAGUGAUGGGAGUGUCACAGACCAGAGUCUGUUUCAAGGACCGGAGUACUUUAUUGUAUUUAUGGACUAUGUUUCUUUUGGGACUGUACACACAGAUAACUUGGGCGGAAUUCUGUCCUUCAGAGUGUCGUUGCGACAAGAAAUUUGUUUACUGCAAUGACCGUGAAUUGACAUCAGUGCCUUCUGGGAUACCAGAGGGGGCCAGUAUUCUCUACCUCCAAAACAACGUCAUCAACAAUGCUGGAUUUCCACUUGACUUGCGAAACGUGCUCUCGGUUCAGACCGUAUACCUGUAUGGCAAUGAACUGGAUGAGUUCCCUGUGAAUCUACCAAAAAACGUGAAGGAGCUGCACUUGCAGGAGAAUAACAUCCAGACGGUCUCCAGGGAGGCUCUCAGCCAACUGCAGAAACUUGAAAAGCUUCACCUGGAUGACAAUUCCAUCUCGACCGUUGGCAUUGAGGACAAUGCCUUCCGAGAAGCUACUAACCUUAAGCUCCUGUUCUUGUCUAGGAACCACUUGAGCAGUGUGCCAGUGGGGCUGCCACUGGGGCUGGAAGAACUACGGCUGGAUGAAAACAGGAUCUCCACUGUGUCGGAGCUGGCAUUUCAGAACUUGACUCUCCUUCAACGCCUGGUGUUGGAUGGGAACCUCCUGGCCAACAAGGGCAUUGCCGAGGGAGCCCUAGGACAACUGUUGCAGCUGACUGAGCUCUCGAUGGUGCGGAACUCCCUGACCCGGCCCCCAGCGAACCUCCCUGGUGGCCGACUGGUGAAGCUGAAUUUGCAGGAUAACCAGAUCAGUCAGAUCCCGGUCACCGCCUUCAGGCAACUGAAACGGCUCGAGAGGCUGGACCUUUCCAACAACCAGCUCCGGAUGCUGGCAAAAGGAGCGUUUGAUGGUAUGACCAGCUUGAAACAAAUUCUGUUGAGGAAUAAUCCGUGGUAUUGCGACUGCAAUAUAAAAUGGGUGACCAAGUGGCUGCAGUCCCUUUCUUUCUCCAUCAAUGUGCGUGGCUUGAUGUGCCAGGGGCCUGACAAAGUCAGGGGCAUGGCUAUACGAGACCUGAAUAUGAAUCUGGUGUCCUGUCCUGUUUCUACAACUGCUCCCAAAGCCACCCGCAUACCCCCUGCCCCCUUGCCAUCUGCCUCGCCCACUGCCUUUUCUACUAUUUUGACUCCUGUUGCAAAUACCUCCACCUGGCCCUUUAGCGCUGGCUCGAGCCCACCUGUGCCCGGCGGUGAUGACGAAUUCACAGACUCUCCCCCGGUAGGCCCACUGCGGCUUGCUGUUCAGUUUGUGAACGACACGUGCAUUCGGAUCAGUUGGCUGGCUGACUUUACAGUGACCAAGUACCGGGUCACGUGGGUGAAACUGGGCCACAGUUUGGUGGGCGGCAUUGUGCACGAGAGGAUAGUCAGCGGGGACACCAGGCAGCUGAGCCUGCGGAACCUGGAGCCCAGGUCCACCUACAGAAUCUGCAUGGUCCUACUGGACGCCUCGAACAACUUUCACCCCGAGGAUGAUACAGUUUGCUCGGAGGCCACAACCAAGCCACCGUCUUUUAACACAAACCUGCCCUCCAGCCCUGAGCAGGCCACCCAGCAGGAACUGAGCUCCCCGUUACUGCUGGCGGGGCUGAUAGGGGGCGCAGUGCUCAUUAUACUGGUCGCUCUGCUGGGCAUCUUCUGCUGGCACAUGCACAAAAAGGGGAAGUACGACUCACACUCGUGGAAGUACAACCGCGGCCGCAGGAAAGACGACUACUGUGAGGCCGGGACCAAAAAGGACAACACCAUUCUCGAAAUGACUGAGACCAGUUUUCAUAUAGUCUCAUUAAAUAAUGAACACAUGUUGAAGGAGGAUUUUAGACUGCAGUCAAUAUAUCCUCCGAAUGGGGCUAUUAGUUACACAGACUGCCACACCAGAAGCAACAGCAGAUUCUGUACUAGUGGGGCUCCAGAUUUGGAACAAUGUCACACAUGACGCUGCAGUCCAAGACCCCCCCAACUUAUAGGACUUUUAGAAUAUAUUUGUGAAUUAUUGUCCAGACAGAUUGUGUCUGCCAACUGUGUAAUUUAUACAGUGUAAAAAAAUUGCUAUCUUUUCUAUUACAAAAAUUAAGUAGCAACAAUUUUGUAAAGCAGUCAUGUGAUUUAAAAAAAGAGAUUAAGUAUGCUGUAUAGUUGUUGCUGUACAAUCAAGGCCUAUGUUCAUAAAUGUAAUUUUUUAAACCAUAUGUUAGCAUUUAAAGACAUAGUUUCUGAAAUAGGGUCAAAACAUCCGCACAGUCAUCCUGGGGACUUAAUCUGGAAAACUAAUAUAGAUUGAUGGGUAACAGGACCUUUUGUCCCCUUCUUCACCCUCAUCUUCCAUGUUUUCUCAUCUUCUUUCCCUACAGGGAUUUAUCUCUUGGCGUGGUAGAAUUUUUGUUGGGCUUAUCACCUUCAACUCGAGGCUUCCCUUCCCUUCCUUCUCCUGUAGCUUCAGUCAGAUCACUUUAUGAAUCUCAACCGGUAGACAUUAAGAGCCGAGCCUGACAUUCUCUUACUCUCCAGCAGAGGUCACUGCCUACAAAUCUGAGGAGGUAGUUCCAGUCUUCAUUGUACCCCAACCAUUUUAGCCCAGGGAUAAUGCAUCAUUUUGAGUAGCCCAAUCAAUGGCCCUGUUAAUUCAACCAAGGCUGAAAGUUCAAUGUGAACUAUAUACAUUUGAUGACUGAAAGCCUAAUCCAGCAACCUGUUCCUGUACCUUAAUCCAAUGCUUUAACUGGAUGUUCAAUACUUCUAAAAUACUAUAUAAUGUCAAUUUGUGCUUAGUAGUGAUAAAAAAAAUACUCGAUAAGCACUUAUUUUAAUUAAUCCCCUUACCUAUUUUGGAUUUGUAUGUGGCGCCAGAGAGACUGCAACCCAGUGGCGUAGCAGGUAGUGUGACGCUAUUUCAGUACAGGGCAUUGGAGUUCAGAGUUCAAAUCUGGUGUCCUCUGUAAGAAAGUUUGUAUAUUCUUCCUGUGAGGGUGUAGAUUUCCUCUGGGUGCUCUGAUUUUCUCCCACAGUCUAAAUACCGGUUAGUAGGUUAAUUGGUCAUUGUAAAUUGUCCUGUGAUUAGGCUAGGGUUAAAUGGCUGAGUUGCUGGGUAGUGCAGCUCAUUGGACUGAAAGGGCCUGUUACGUGCUAUAUCUUUAAAUAAAUAAAAUAAAAUAAAUAAAUAAAUGAUUAUUAAUUGUUUACUGUUCCAUGAGCCAGGGGCAAUUAAAGAGAGGCUUUACAAACUGUCCUUGCUGGCAAUGCCCACAUUCUGUCAAAUGAACAAAAUUGCUAUAAUUAGAUUUCCCCAACACUAAUUACACCUGUCAGUACAAGAGCAAGAUAGUUUCAUGAUAAUAAGGAUAACAUUCACUUGGAAUGCUUCUGUUGCAAUAUCAGUUUAGAGCACAGCCUUUGAUUAGCAAAAUAAAGGUGUCUUUAUACUCCAACAAUGAGGUAAUUAAUUCAAUGAGUGUACACUCCUCCUUGCUGAUGUUAAAACUUUGCAGACUUUCCGUGUGACUAGGCAGUUUUCAAGAACACAUUUUUUCCUAAAAAGUAAAGCUAAUGGCAUUUUAAUCUAAGCUAUCUUUCCAUGGCAACCAUAAAGAAUUUGAAUCUCAGGUAGGUAACUGAGAAAUUGAUCACGUAGGAAGAUCAAAAUUGUCGUAACAUUAAUUGAGCAGAAUUUUGUGGCAUACAUAAGUAAUAUGAACUAUUUACAGUCAUCCCAUUAAAAUUGAAGCUGUUUUUUUUUCAUAGCUUUCCCAAUAGCUGUACAGAUGAGCAAGCCACAAUCAUGACACUUCAUUCCUUUUUUAAAUGGAUAUCCAGCUGUAUGUUGGGACAAUGGACUGAAAGUUCAGCUACCUUACCCUUUCACAAGAAUAGCACCAUUUUACCAUCCCUGUUAUCUUCUAGGGCAGCGUAGCAUUUGCGACUCAUGAAUUGUACCCAGGUCUUUCAGGUUGGUUGGUCUGCCACUAGAGCUUUACUUUCUGCUCCCCUGUGCCCUUUGUGUCGUGAGAAGGAUGGCCCAUCCCUUGCCAGCACUGCCCCUUCUACCCUCAUCCCAGAGCCCUUUGGUUGUGACCGCCCCACUACGUGAGUUGAACACAUGCAAGAGCAGACCCCCCCCACCCGACCCCCCGAGGGGAGGGUGUAAUAAUGGCAUGACUGAGACAUACAUAAGCACAAUCUUGCCCGUGUACAUCUCCACGACAUCUCCAGUCGUCCAGUGUACCAAUGGAUAACCCUCAGAUUUACAUAAGGGGCACGUUGCUAAUUGAAGGACGAGACUCCAUUUCAGAGCAAAGAACACUGCGCUGACAGUAUUCUAUAUUGUUAGAGAUAGGUAAAUAUUCACACAGUACUUUAUCCUGGAUGUGCUGAUGUUACUGACAACUGAAGGGUUAGCUGUUCGCUAAAUUUCUGGAUGAUUAUGGUUUAAUCGAUUCAAUUCGAUUAAUCCAAACACAGAUGAUGAGCCCACUGAGAUAUUUAUUCUCUCCAUCCGCCACUUGGCAACUAACAGCUCUGACGCUGAGCCAGUGUUUUGGAAUAAGCAAUACUGGUUAAACUGGCACUAAAUUUAAGAACAACAUAAUGAUAAUCCAAAUUUUUUUAAAAAGAAAAUGUCUACAGCAAGAAUGCUAAAAAAUCACAUUAGGAUCAAUCACAACUUUUGUACUACAGAUGUCCACUCAUGUUUGUGUAGAUGACAAUGUCAAAAUAUUGGGUUUUGUUCUCCUUUUGUUCCUAAUUUUCCAUUGUGCAAGGAACCAAAGUUCAUAAUCUUGCACCGUCUUGGUGUAUCAUGUAUGUGCCUUGAAUUUUAAUCAUAAGUGUUAAAGUACUUCAUAUUGAUUCACCUCCACUCCUGUUUCUUUAUUUUGCAGAGCAUGUAUGAAUACUUGGGUACGCUGAGGGUAUUGUGGUUAAGUAACUUGUAAUCCCAAUACCUGAUUAAUCAUCCAUAAAUAUGAGUUCAAAUCUCAUCAAGAGCAAGGGUUUUGAACUUGGUUAAUAGUUGUGAAUUUUGAUAAAAGUAGCCAGUGUUGGUGGUUGUAAAAUGAUUAUCUUGUAAACUACCAGAUUUGGUUCACCAAUUCCCUUCAAAUGGGGUAAUAUUCCAUUCAAGCUGGUCCGACCCAGAUAUGAAUCCAGACACAGCAGCAGUCUGGUUGAUUCUUAAAUACCCUCUAAGGUCGAACAUUCGAAUAAGCUAACUCAGUCCUACCAUAAAACAGCAGUGAGCAUAACGCUAUUACAGCUUUGGACAUUGGAGUUUGGAGUUCAAUCCUCGCGUCCUCUGAAAGGAGUUUAUAUGUCCUCCCUGUGAAACGCGUGGGUUUCCCCUAGUUGCUCCAGUUUCCUCCCACAGUCCAAAGAUGUACCGGUUAAUAGGUUAAUUGGUCAUGGUAAAUUCUCCUAUGAUUGUGCUAAGUUUAAGUUAACGGGUUGCUGGUGAUACGGCUCAAAGGGCCAGAAGGGCCUAUUCCACACUGUAUCUUUAAAUAAAAUAAGUAAAAAAAAAAGCUACUAAAUUAUAGAAGGUGGCUCUCCAUCACAAUCUCAAGAAUAACAAUGGAUAGCCAAUACAUGCCAGCCUUGCCGGAAAGACCAAGUUAUUGAAAGAUGAAAAAGAUAUAAAAUAAAGAAACAAUAUAUUUACAACACCAAAACCAGCUAUAGAAGUUAAAUAUUUGAUAAAAUUCAUGUGAAUCAUGUGUUUUUUUUGGUAAAGAUGAUUCUGUUACCUUUGUGUUCAUGCAGCAUUUGAAUUCUUGUUAUGAAUUGUAACUGAAGCGAUAAUGACCCUUGUUUUGUGAACUAACAACUGCUUUUUAACCACUUUAGUACACUACUAGAAGCAAAGGACUGAAAGGAUUGUGCUUUUUUACAAGAGCAAAUAUUGUUUUUUUUUGUCAUUAUUUAAUCAAAUCCAGUGGCCAAGCAAUUUGUGAAAGUAAGCAUUUUUGUGGGACAACACAAAACAACCUCUGAGAUGGUUAAUUACUCCAGUUUAAAAAAUACUGUGGAUUUAUUGAAUUGGACAUUGUUACUUUAUACAGUGCAGUUAUAUUAUUUCCCAUCCACCAUACAAAUACCAAUUGAUUACAAUUAACAACCAAUUAAUCCUUAUUUUCUAACUGAUCAAAUGCACUGCUGGCUUUUUUUAUUUUUUUACGUAGGUGCUUCAGAGCCAAUGUAAUAAAGAUAAAUCCUUUCAAAAAUAUUUUUUCUACUGCAAAGGCGAAUUUAAGAGAGAGAGAAAAAAAAUCUUUUUUUUAAAAGACUGGGUGAAAAAAAUACCUUUCUCAACCACGGUGUGUUAAAGGGAGCAAGGACACUUGUACUCAGUUUUCCUGUUUAGCCUUAUCUAGAUAAGAAAAUCUCACACUGAAAGUGCAACAGUACAUUUUAUGUUUUGUAUAUAUUUUUGUCUUGUCGAGGUGGGAAAAAAGGAAAUCUCUUUGCUUUAUAUAUAAAAUAGCAACUUGAUGUAACUUAUAAUAAUGCACAGGUUUACUUGUUCUACUGACAGGUUGCCACUUUCAGAGAUACUGUGUACCUCACUUCCAACAAUCUCUCUGUAUUUCUAAAUGAUUGUUUGAAGGAUGUCCAUAACCAAAAUACAAAAUAAAGUAUGGUCACAACGUAUAGAGCACUGGUAUGAAACAACUUUGACUUAUUGUUAAUAAAAGGAAGAAAAUGUCUGGGUAAUGCUCGUGAAUUGUCAUUCGUAGUCACCUGGAAUCUAGUGAGCCUACUGUACUCAGGAUAUUUUAAGCAA